AUGGGAAACACAUAUAUUGUCCUUUUAGCAUUAGUGGAUGAUAAUUACAAUUUUACUUGUAUUGAUAUUGGUGCUCAUGGAAGUAUGUCAGAUGGAGGCAUUUUUAAUAAAUCCGCACUUAAAAAAGCCAUUGAAGAAAACUUGUUGGAUAUACCAGAAAAUGGUGUUAUUUUAGGCGAUGAAGCUUUCCCUUUGACAUCCUAUUUAAUGAAACCGUAUGCAAGACGUAAUAUUUUAACCAAAAAGGAAAAAAUUUAUAACUAUAGGCACUGCCGUGCUAGAAGAAUAGUGGAAAAUGCAUUUGGAAUUCUUGCAAGUAGAUUUAGAUUAUUUAGACGACCAAUCCCUCUAGCACCGACAACAGUAGUGAAAAUUACUAAAGCUGCAUGUUCAUUACAUAACUUUAUUAGAAAGAGUGGAUUAAAUCAAGAUCUUAAAUCAGUUGACAUUGAAGAUUUGGAAAACGGUUGUAUCAUACCUGGAGAUUGGCGAAACGAACCAGAAUCAACUGGACUCGUUGAAAUAGCAACAACAAACCAGCGAAAUUAUUUAUCGGAAGCAAGAAAAAAAAGAGAUAACCUGGCUGAAUAUUUUAUUAACGAAGGGGCUGUUUCAUGCCAGGACAGAAUGAUCCAAUAA